AUGUCCCCAGCAGGCACCCCCUUCGCCGACCCUCUCUGGCUCACCCGUUCCCUCACCAAUAGUCCCUACUACACCCCUUCCCACCACCACCUGCAGCGCGAAGUCAGGGACUACGUCGACACGCACAUUGCCCCUUUUUGCGAAGAAUGGGAAGCUCGGGGUUUUGUUCCGCCAGAGGUCCAGCACUACCACUCAAAAAGAGGCUACACCGCCGCCGGACUCUAUCCGCUCGCAGCCGCCCACAUCCAGCACUCCAAUCAACGCCUGCCCGGCGACAUCCACCCCGCCCAAUGGGAUGCCUUCCACGACCUGAUUGUGAUCGACGAGCUCGCACGCUGCGGAUACCUAGGCGUAGUGUGGGCGCUCGGGUGCGGAAACGCCAUCGGGGGGCCGCCGGUCGUGCUGUUCGGGAAUGCCGACCAGAACGAACGAUUCCUGGGGCCGUUGGUGCGCGGGGAGGUUCGAUUUUGCUUGGGAGUUACGGAGCCGGAUGCGGGCUCUGAUGUCGCGGGAAUCACGACGACGGCAGAGCAGCGAGGCGGUGUAUAUGUGGUGAAUGGGGCAAAGAAGUGGAUCACCAAUGGAAUCUUUGCGGACUAUUGUACGGCAGCGGUGCGAACAGGGGGCGCGGGGAUUGCGGGCAUCUCGGCGUUGAUCAUUCCGUUGAAGGGGACGCCGGGGGUGACGUGUCGGAAGAUCCGGAACUCCGGGGUGGAGGCCAGUGGUUCGACGUAUAUCGAGUUCGACCAGGUCGAGGUGCCGGUGGCGAAUCUACUUGGGCAGAAAAAUAAGGGGUUCCCGAUCAUCAUGAACAACUUCAAUCAUGAACGGUUGUGGCUGGCUUGUACUUCGCUGCGCAUGGCACGGGUCUGUGCGGAGGAUGCGUACAAGCAUGCAAUCACGCGGGAGACCUUCGGAAAGAAGCUCAUUGAGAAUCAGGUGAUUCGCGCCAAGUUCAGUGCAAUGGGCCGGAGACUGGACUCGGCCUAUGCCUGGAUGGAGCAGUUGGUCUGGAUGGCGGAUAUGGCGCGUAAAGAAGGGAGGGACUUGGACAUGGGAGGAUUGUUUGCCAAUCUGAAGGUGCUAGCAGGCAGAACGCUGGAGAUGGUCAAUCGAGAGGCACAGCAGGUUAUGGGGGGUCUGGGGUACUCGAAGAAUGGUCGGGGAGCGCGUAUUGAGCAGAUUAGUCGGGAUGUUCGAGUCAUGGUGGUCGGCGGUGGCAGUGAGGAGAUUCUCUCCGAUUUGGCGAUUAACCAGGAGAUCAAGGCAAUGGCCAGGAUGGGGCAGAGUAAGUUGUAG